CCCCGGCCAGAGGUGGCUCCGGGCACCGCAGCCGCUCGCUGCCCGCUCGUCGUCGUCCCCCCCUAGUCUGGGCAGCCGCGUCCUCCCCCCAGCCUUCUCCAGGAUGAACCAGCAGAGCAUUGCACAGAUCUGCUGGGAGUGACCCUCAGGAUAGCACCAUCCUCUGUGUGCUGGCUUUGCAGGUGGUAAUGUAACAGAGGAGCGGGAGAGAGACAAGCCAGGGCAGAACACACCAUGGGCGCAAACACCUCCAGCAAGUCACCACCCUUUGAUGAAAAUGAAGACGUCACCUUUGACCAUUUUGAAAUUUUGCGAGCUAUUGGGAAGGGCAGCUUUGGAAAAGUCUGUGUUGUACAAAAGAAUGAUACCAAGAAAAUGUAUGCCAUGAAAUACAUGAAUAAACAGAAGUGUCUGGAGCGAAAUGAAGUGAGAAAUGUUUUUAAGGAGCUGCAGAUUAUGCAGGGCCUGGAACACCCCUUCUUGGUAAAUCUAUGGUACUCAUUCCAAGAUGAGGAAGAUAUGUUCAUGGUUGUAGACCUGCUGCUUGGAGGGGACCUGCGUUACCAUCUCCAACAAAAUGUGCGAUUCCAAGAAGGCACUGUGAAACUCUUCAUCUGUGAGCUGGCACUGGCCCUUGACUACCUCCAGAGCAGACGCAUCAUCCACAGAGAUAUCAAGCCUGACAACAUUUUGCUGGAUGAGCAUGGACAUGUGCACAUCACUGAUUUCAAUAUUGCCACGAUGCUGACGAAAGAAAUGCAAGUUUCCACAAUUGCCGGCACAAAGCCAUAUAUGGCACCUGAAAUGUUUAACUCCACAAAACCUACCGGCUAUUCCUUCGCUGUGGACUGGUGGUCAUUAGGAAUCACUGCCUAUGAGCUGCUCAGAGCCCGGAGGCCAUAUCAUAUUCGCUCCAACACUUCCACAAAUGAAAUGGCUCACAUGUUCAAGACAGCUACAGUAAUGUACCCUGCUGCUUGGUCCAAGGAAAUGGUGACACUAAUCAAAAAGUUGCUCGAGACAAAUCCUGAUAAGCGUUUUUCUCAGCUGAAAGAUAUCCAGGACUUUCCAUAUCUGUGCAAUGUAAACUGGGAUGCUGUUCUCCAGAAAAGGAUAAUGCCAGAAUUCAUUCCCACAAAAGGCAGACUGAACUGUGACCCAACCUUUGAACUUGAAGAAAUGAUCCUAGAAUCCAAACCUCUUCAUAAGAAAAAAAAGCGCUUGGCUAAAAAGGAAAAAGACACCAGCAAAAGCAAUGUGUCACAGGCCUACCAUCUUCAGAAGCACCUAGAGAUGCUCCAGAGGGACUUCAUUGUUUUCAACAGAGAAAAGGUAAGACACCAGCACAACGAAACCCAGGAGCAUGCAGCGCUGGCGAAUUGCAGAGGCAUGCACAAGGAUGGCCAGAACAACAACCUCUGAGCACAACAACCCUGACAGUGCCGCACAGCCCCACUGCGCCUCCUCCCACCCUGUGCUGCAGACCUGGGUGUGGAGGAGGCCCUGUGGGAUGCCCUAGCAGUUUGCCACCAGAAAUUAGAAUCAGAGCCCAUUAUUUUGCCUUUCUUGGUGGCAGGAAUGUGACUGAGCCACUCAGCACUCUUCCUUUUGGGCUCGGCUAGCUGGUAUUGCAGCCUUGGGGCUGAGUGCCAGGUGACUGCCAGCAGGAGCAGAAGGGUUGGGAGUGCACCCUUAGUAGAGCUGUUACUGCCAGCUUCAUCCUGGUGGGAGCUGCAUCUGUGGGUCCUGUCUCUUCAGGGGCCAGGAUUCCUGCAUGGGCUCUCAGCUUAUUGCUCCAGGUGGAAGAGGCAGCUCUGAGCUGUAGGAUCUCCACCAGCACAGGUGGAAGGUGGCCUUUGCUUGCAGAGGUCUCCUGUAAACAUCCUCUAAGUCUGGUUGUGGAGGACUAGUGACCAACUCCUUCCCUAUCUGGGUGGGGGCACCAAAGGUUUCCUGUGAAGCCCCUCUCUCACCACACUGUUUCCUGGCCCAUUUCACACAGAGCUGCGCUGGCCUGGUGGAUGAUCAGUGCACACAGGCAGAUUAGGUAGUGACAAGGUAACAACCUUGUACUGGCAAAUAAGCAGCAUCCAGAAGCUUUUCCAGGUCAUCCUGAAAAAUCCAUUCACCAUCACAUUAAACUGCUGCAGCUCUCUGAAUCUGAUGGAGUUGUGGCUUCCAACAUCAGAAGUAAAUUUGAAUGUUUUUAUCUCUCUACAGUUGGUUUUAUACUUGAUUUAAGCAGCUAUUCUUUGCAGUAACAGCUGUGCCCUUAGUGCAGCCUUUGCCAAGACUGUGAUUGGCCAAAGCAUCUCUAUUAUGUUAAUGAGGGCAAUGAUGCUAUUACUUAAAUGCUUUGGCAGACCCAACUUUUCACCUUGUUAUUCAACAUUUUUCCUAAUCUCAGCAAUAUAAUGAAUGCAUGAUGAACUUUAUGCCUCCCAUUUGCCCAGAGGUGUUCUUGUAUCCCCUGUGCCUUCCUGUCUUUCUCUUUCUGGCUAAAUCUGAUUAACUGAAUAAAAACAACAGCAAAUGAAAGGUUCCUUCCCAGAUAAUCAAAA